AUCACGAUGAACCCAGCUAUCACCAAUUUGGCAGUCAUGCUUGUCAUGAUGCAAGUUUCUCGUCGUUUAGACUUGGAAAAUCCAGAUGUUUUAUUCUAUGUUCGUGCUUUCUAUGCUUCUUGUCAAGUUGUUGCCUUUUUGAUCUAUUCUUACACUAAAUACGUUAUCAACAAGAAGAAUGACUUGACCACCUUGAAAUACGUCGAACCAGCCAAUCCAAUGUCUGGUGAAACCGAACCAAAGGCAGUCGUCACCACCGUUAAAGAAUAUGAUUUGAAACAAGUUGAUACUUUAAUUAGAGGUAUCUUCACUGGUUUAGCCAUGAUGGGUUUCAUGCAUAUAUACAUGAAGUUCACUAAUCCAUUGGUUAUGCAAUCUGUUUCUUCUGUUAAGUCUGCUUUGGAAUCAAAUAUUGUCAAAAUCCACCUUUUUGGUACUCCUGCUUCUGGUGAUUUGAAGAGACCUUUCAAAGCUGCUCCAGGUUUAUUACAAGCUUUGCAAGGUGGUGCUGGUGGUGCUGAAGUUAAAACCGAUAAACACUCUGUCGAAGCUGCUGAAGCAAGUGGUGCUGGUGGUAUCAAGGAAGAUUAAAUGGCUUUUUUUUGCUUUAUUAGAGGAGUUUCCUCAUCGUUAUCUACAUAUUUCUUUAUAAACAAAUUUAAUUAUUAUUAUGUAUUAUUUCCCGUGAUUUCUAGUGUAUUUAAUCGAGUUCUCCAUCGGUUGGUUCUACCAAAAUAGUCUCUUGUUCUUUACCUCUAACAAAUCCAAUUAUAUCUAAUAACUUCCCACUAACAUAUAAUUCUUUAACUGUCCAUUUACCCUUAUUGUAAAUCUCUGGAACUGCUGAGUUCAAUGGGAUUAUUAACCCCUGAUAUAACUCUUUGAAAUUGACCACGUCUUGUGCACUCAUUUCAGUUUCAUCAUGCAUCUUUUUAAAAGCUCUGGUGAUCCAUUCUGGAAUAUAUUGUUCAUCUUCUUGCUCUUCUUGAUAACUGUCACGGUUGAAACAACGAAUUAAGUAAAGCAACCAAACUUGAUCUUGCAAGCCUGAAUCAACAAUGGUGUCAUAA